AUGAAGGUCUCAACCCUCCUCGCCGCCCUUCCCGUGGCCAUGGCCGCCCCUGCUAAGCGGUCCUUCCCAGCCCCCGUGCUUGUCCCCCGUGAUGCUCAGCUCAUCGAGGGCAAGUACAUUGUCAAGAUGAAGACGGAUGCCAGACUCGCCUCCGUCCCGUCGGCCAUCUCCUCCAUCGCCGCCGAUGCCGACCACACUUACAGCCAAUUCUUCCACGGAUUCGCUGCCUCCCUUACUGCCGACGAGCUGGCCAAGCUCCGUUCCGACCCCAAUGUCGACUACAUUGAGCAGGAUGCCGUCGUGACCAUCACCGACACCCAGGAGGAUGCCGGCUGGGGCCUGGCCCGUCUCUCCAGCCAAAAGCCCAACAGCACCACGUACACCUACGAUUCGAGCGCUGGCGAGGGUACCUGCGCCUUCGUCAUCGACACUGGUGUUGAGGCGGACCAUCCUGAAUUCGAGGGCCGCGCCAAGUUCCUCAAGAACUUUGCCGGCGACGGGGACGACACGGAUGGCAACGGCCACGGCACUCACGUCUCGGGAACCAUUGGCUCCAAGACGUACGGCGUCGCCAAGAAGACCAAGAUCUUUGGGGUCAAGGUCCUCGACGCUGACGGCAGCGGCUCCAACUCCGCCGUCAUCGCCGGCAUGGACUACGUGGCCAAGGAGGCCAAGAACCAGACGUGUCCCAAGGGCGUCGUCGUCAACAUGUCCCUCGGCGGCGAGAAGUCGGCCGCCGUCAACGACGCCGCCAAGGGCAUCACGACCGCCGGCCUCUUCCUCGCCGUUGCUGCUGGCAACGACGGCGAGGAUGCCAGCGCCUACUCGCCUGCCUCGGAGCCGUCCGCCUGCACCGUGGGCGCCACGACCAAGUCCGACGCUCUGGCCAAGUAUUCCAACACGGGCUCCAUCGUCGACGUCCUCGCCCCCGGCUCCGACAUCCUGUCGACCUGGAUUGGCGGCAAGACCAACACCAUCUCCGGCACCUCGAUGGCCUCUCCUCACGUCGCCGGCAUUGGCGCCUACUUUCUCGGAAAGGGCACGCCGGCCGCUGGCCUCUGCCAGUUUAUCGUCGACAAGGGCCUCAAGAAUGUCAUCACGGGCGUUUCCGGCAGCACCCCCAACGUCCUGAUCAACAACGGCGAGGGCGGCGGCGGCGGCGGCGGCGGCGGCAACUCCACUGUACGGUUCUAA